CCAAAUAUAGCGAUGUUGUGAGAAAGGAGAGGAUAUGGAACGAAAUAGCAGAACAAAUUUCACAACCAGGUAGGUACGAUUUCUAAUAUUGCUAGGAAAAUAUUUUGCCACACCGGAGUGUGCUUCUUUUUCUUGUUUUAGUUCACAAGUGCAGAGAACGCUGGUCAAACUUGCGAGGAUCGUUUAGAAGAGCGUAUCGAGACCAUAAGGGUAUCAACGAUAGCAAAUUACGUAAGCGGUCGAAACGUUGGAAAUACGAAAAACAAAUGGAAUUUUUAAUACCGUUUCUUAAGAUAAAAUACGACCCAUCACCAUCAGAUCCUAGAGAACUCAAUUUAAUAUCAGCUGCAGAUAUGUCGAAUGCAAAUGAAGAAAUAUGUAUAAAGAACGAAACCUCGUCAUCUCCCAGAUCCUACGAAAUCGACUAUCCCGAUUCCUACUCCCAAACAAGCGCCAUGGACGGCCUAAGAACGGCGAAUGCAACAGGGGUAGCGUACGAUCACUUCAAUGGCACCAAGAGCCACCAUCCCUACACAAUCGAUCGGGACAAUGACGCUUUGAGAAACUUUUUCGCAUAUCUAGCGGAAACAGUUAGGACAUUUCCGCCUUUCAUGCAGGUCCUGGCGAAAUCCAAAUGUUUUAAUAUCAUUUCCGAAAUGGAAAUAAGUCUUGUAAAGGAGAAUCCGGACCAGUGUGUCGUUUCGCAAAUAUCAGUGGAUGAAAAUGUACGCGAAACGCCGAUUGUUUUGAACGAUGUCGACUACAAACCCCCCGAACUUCGCACCGACGCCGACGCUAAAAUGCCUGAUACGACACAUUAAGCAAUAACACAAUACAUGUAUGUAAUAAAAGUGAUAAUAGCCAAGAAAUUUUUUAUGUUUGCAACACAACUUGUUUGUAAUCAAUAAAUAUAAGCGCUCUUCAGAAUUUGCAGUUUUAUUGUUUGAUUAUGACGCCGAUGUCGUCAAGAAACAACAAUUAUUGUAAACGACCAAAUUUUAUAAACAAUUCAACUGGGUUUUAGUAAUUUUAA